GUGGCCUUGUGGGUAACGCGGGGCCGCCAGGUGACAGCUAAUGGCGGCGGCCUCCUGACGCGAGUGGCCCAGCGGCGGAGCAGGGCGGCAGGGGGCGCAUCGCGGAGCCGGGCUGGCGGCCGCUACACUCUGCACUCCAGACUGCGGCUCACCGGAGGCGCCCAGCUUGACGCGUCAUGGACAGGCCGGUGGCGGCGGCAGCCGCGGCGGCGGCGAGCUGCGAGAGCGCUGGGGGCCCGGGUCCAGGGCCGGCAGCGGGCUGGAGAUCCUCUCGGGUUGUGGGGGGCGCUUCGGCCGGCUCCCGGCAGCCCAGCAUGGAGACCCUAGACAGUCCUACAGGAUCACAUGUUGAAUGGUGUAAACAGCUUAUAGCUGCUACAAUUUCUAGUCAGAUUUCAGGUUCAGUGACAUCAGAAAAUGUGUCCAGAGAUUACAAGGUUUUCAGGAGGCCUGAUACCAGGAAUAUUCAUAAAGCAAGACAAAGAUUGGAGAUAGAGGAAGAACACAAUGGCUACCCUUCUGAAGCUGAAGCUGAUCAGGCUUUACGGGAUGGAAAUAAACUGGCACAGAUGGAAGAAGCUCCACUUUUUCCAGGAGAAUCAAUUAAGGCCAUUGUGAAAGAUGUCAUGUAUAUCUGCCCAUUUAUGGGAGCAGUGAGUGGGACCCUGACAGUGACGGAUUUUAAAAUGUACUUCAAAAACGUAGAAAGGGACCCACAUUUCAUCCUUGAUGUUCCCCUUGGAGUGAUCAGCAGAGUUGAGAAGAUUGGUGCCCAGAGCCAUGGGGAUAAUUCUUGUGGUAUAGAGAUCGUGUGUAAGGAUAUGAGAAACCUGAGACUUGCAUAUAAGCAGGAGGAACAACGAAAACUUGGGAUAUUUGAAAACCUCAACAAGCAUGCUUUUCCUCUUUCUAAUGGGCAGGUGCUAUUUGCAUUCAACUAUAAAGAAAAGUUUCCAGUUAAUGGCUGGAAAGUUUAUGAUCCAGUAUCUGAAUAUAAGAGACAGGGCUUGCCAAAUGAGAGUUGGAAAAUAUCCAAAAUAAACAGUAAUUAUGAAUUCUGCGAUACCUACCCUGCCAUCAUUGUUGUGCCAACUAGUGUUAAAGAUGAUGACCUUUCAAAAGUGGCAGCCUUUCGAGCAAAAGGCAGAGUCCCUGUGUUAUCAUGGAUUCACCCAGAAAGUCAGGCAACGAUUACACGUUGCAGCCAGCCACUGGUGGGUCCUAAUGAUAAACGCUGCAAAGAAGAUGAAAAAUAUCUACAGACAAUAAUGGAUGCUAACGCACAGUCACAUAAACUCAUCAUCUUUGAUGCCCGACAAAACAGCGUUGCUGAUACCAACAAGGCAAAGGGUGGAGGAUAUGAAAGUGAAAGUGCUUACCCCAAUGCAGAACUCGUGUUUUUGGAGAUCCAUAAUAUUCAUGUGAUGAGGGAGUCACUUCGUAAAUUAAAGGAGAUCGUGUACCCUUCCAUUGAUGAGUCACGGUGGCUAUCCAAUGUGGAUGGGACACAUUGGCUGGAAUAUAUAAGGGUGCUGCUUGCUGGGGCAGUACGAAUUGCUGAUAAAAUAGAAUCUGGGAAAACUUCCGUGGUGAUUCACUGCAGCGAUGGCUGGGACCGAACAUCCCAGCUCACAUCUCUGGCAAUGCUGAUGUUGGACAGUUAUUACCGGACCAUUAAAGGAUUUGAGGCUCUCAUAGAAAAGGAGUGGAUAAGCUUUGGACACAGGUUUGCACUGAGAGUGGGCCAUGGUGAUGACAACCAUGCAGAUGCUGACCGAUCACCUAUAUUUCUUCAGUUUAUUGAUUGUGUUUGGCAGAUGACAAGACAGUUUCCUUCAGCAUUUGAAUUUAAUGAAUUAUUCUUGAUUACAAUUUUGGAUCACCUCUAUAGCUGUCUUUUUGGAACCUUUUUGUGCAACUGUGAACAACAGCGCAUCAAAGAGGAUAUAUAUACAAAGACUAUAUCUUUAUGGUCUUAUAUUAAUAGCCAGCUAGAUGAAUUUUCAAAUCCCUUCUUUGUGAAUUAUGAAAACCAUGUGUUAUAUCCUGUUGCUAGUAUGAGUCACUUGGAAUUGUGGGUAAAUUAUUAUGUACGAUGGAAUCCACGGAUGAGACCACAGAUGCCAAUUCACCAGAAUCUCAAGGAGCUGCUGGCUGUCAAGGCUGAGCUGCAGAAGCGUGUGGAAGAUCUGCAGCGGGAGGUGGCCACACGAGCCAUCUCAGCUUCUGAGAGAGGCUCCUCGCCUACCCACUCGGUCACUCCUGUCCACACCUCAGUCUGAUGAACAAGGCCAGUGUCCUGGGCCAACCAUCCUUCUGCUCUACUGUCUUCCAGCAGCUCAGGGACCUGGCCAAUGAUUUUAUGGUUCUAGCUUGUCAUCUUAGGAUUAGGUCCAGAGACCAUUUGUGUGGCUAGGUGACAGCUCCUAUUAAUAAGUUCUUUUAUGUGAA